AUGCUCCGAUCAGAGCCACCCGACUACCUCACCAAUAUCCAAGAACCUAUCCGUGAACUUCCACCAAAUUAUCUUAUUUCCUAUUUCUUUUACGGGACACUGACAAACUCCGCAACCUUACAACGAAUCUUAGAUCUACACGGCGAGCCAAAACUGCGCAAGGCUGACAUUAUUGGGUACGCGCUGGCAAAAUGGGGCGACUAUCCGGCCUUAAUUGACGGGCAGCAAGGCCAGGUCGUGUCAGGGUCUGUCUAUGUUGUGCAGUCGGAGAAGACCCAGAAACUGGUGGAUUAUGAGACCAAGGCUUAUAUGGUUGCGGACUGUUGGUUUUUUUUUAGGGAUGCUGGGGGUUCGGCGGAGGAAAUUCCCGGUAAGACUUAG